GCGAGCUGCGGGGUCCCGGCAGCGCUGGCCGGCACGGCGAGUUGGAUUUGGAACGAAAGCAAAAUGGCUCGAGGACGCAAGAGCAAUAGCAUCAAACAGAGCGACUUCACUAACAGCACCAAUCCUCAGGAUUUAGAGAGAAGACUUUUUGUCGGCAAUUUGCCCACAGACCACAUGACUCGUGAAGAAAUGGAAGAGAUAUUUUCAAAAUAUGGCAAAAUCAGGGCCCUCAGCAUGUACCAUGGCUAUGGGUUCGUGCAGUAUGACCGUCUAGAAGAUGUCCAGGCCGCUCUGGACGGUGAGAAGGGUCGCCUUUAUAAAGGCUAUAGAUUAGAUAUUAAAAAAGCAGUGGAAAGAAGAAAUAUGAAUAAGGCUUCAUCAAGGUCCAGUCCGGCACGAAGAGAACCAUACGCCUACGGGGAUGGCCGUGACGCCAGGCGCGACCGCUCCCCUCUUCGGGGGAGCCCACGGAGAGACCCCAGAGAUGGCAGGGAUGGUAGAAACGGGCGAGAUUCCAGAGACACUCGAGACAUUCGAGCCAGGGACAUGCGUGACGCCAGAGACCACAGGGACCCACGGGACCUGCGAGACCCACGGGAUAUCAGGGAUCCGAGAGACUUGCGGGACCCUCGUGACAUUAGAGACCUUCGUGACCCACGGGAACCGCUGUAUGAUAGAUACAGGGAUCCAUGGGACGUGAGAAAUCCACGGGACAUGAGGAAUCCGCGAGACGUGAGGGAUCCGCGGGAUAUGAGAGACCCUCGGGACCCCAUGUACAGACGAGAUGAUGGUUAUGACCGUUACCUUCGCCUCGAAGACUACUAUCGGCGGAAGGAUGACUCUUACUACGACCGUUACAAGGAGCACUUCGAUAGAGCACCGGUGAAUUCGGAAGACCGUCUGAAGCGUGAGGAGCGGCGCCGGGAGGAGCUAUACCGUCAGUACUACGAGGAAAUCAAGAGACGUUUUGAUGCAGAGAGACCUGUGGAUUGUUCUGUGAUAGUGGUGAAUAAGCAGACAAAGGACUACGCGGAGUCGGUGGGGCGGAAGGUGCGGGAUCUGGGCAUGGUAGUGGACCUGAUCUUCCUCAACACAGAGAUGUCGCUGACGCAAGCCCUGGACGACGUGAGCAGAGGAGGGUCUCCCUUUGCCAUUGUCAUCACCCAGCAGCAUCAAGUCCACCGCUCUUGCACUGUUAACAUCAUGUUUGGCACCCCGCAAGAACACCGCAACAUGCCCCAGGCUGAUGCCAUGGUGCUGGUGGCACGGAAUUACGAGCGCUACAAAACGGAGUCACGGGAGAAGGAGCGUGAGGAGAUCGCCCGGCAGGCGGCUAAGAUGGCAGAUGAGGCUGUUCUGCAGGAGCGGGAGCGCCCACCCCCCGUGGAGGAGGGUGUCAGAGGAGGGCACCCUCCGGGCAUCCAGACCCUCCUGAACCUGCUGGCAGACAAUCGCUACCUGACUGCUGAGGAGACUGAUAAAGUCAUUAAUUACCUGAGAGACCGGAAGGAACGGCUGCUGAGGGGCAGCACUGAUUCUCUGCAGGCACCCAUGUCAAGACAGUCUUUGGGGGCACCUUCAGGAUCAUCUCUGGGUAGUCAGUCCAGCCUUCCAAGCUCUCAGGCUCAUCAGGGUUCACAGCCUCUGGUCUCUGCUCCUUCUGUUCCAGUCUCCUCUUCUAAUCCUCAGCAGGAGCUUCAAGCAAAAAUCCUCAGUCUCUUCAACAGUGGGGCGGCUGCAGCAGCAGCUGCUGUAGCAAACAGCAGCUCUGCAGCCUCUGCAGGCACUUCGGGCAGCACUCCCAACCAGAACUUUGCUAACAUGGGCAGCAGUCAGGCCCGGUCAGCACAGAUGAGUGCAGGAAAUUUAAACCAGGCUCAGCAGAGAUUGCAGACUCCAAGCGCACCGAUUCCUGCUCUCCCAGGCCCUUCAAGAAAUGCAGGUCCAAGACCUGGAGCCCCUCCACAAGCUCAGUCGCUCUACGGUCAGCACCAAAAUCGCCUCCCUGCGCCUGGCAACGUCCCUGCGCAAAGGCCGGUGUCUUCUGGUAUCAACUUUGACAACCCCAGCGUGCAGAAAGCCUUGGACACCCUUAUCCAGAGCGGUCCUGCGCUCUCCCACCUCGUGAGCCAAACCGUGGCCCAGGGGCGAGCGGGGUCCUCGGCCCAGCAGCCGCCGAUGGGCUCCUACCAGCGGCACUACUGACGCGGAGCCGCCCUCUCCCCUUCCCUCCGCCAUCCCACAGCUGCAGCCGCCCAGCCCGUCCCCCCUGACCCGGGACAAGUGCCCCUGGGUGUGCGCGGCCUUGGCUCCGAGCGCGUGCCCCCGCGGGCUGGCGCUGCCCCCGCACUCGCUCUGCCCAGCUGGGGGGGUCUGGAUGAGCACGCUCUGUUUUCUCAGCAGCAGACGUGCCCAGGGCCGCUUCUUCGCACGGUCGUUCAGUCCGGCCCCAGCAGCCUGCAGGGACCGUCCUGCAGUUUCCUCACUCCCAGGAGCUGGGGCAGCUUCUCGCUGUGGGCACUGUCUGGUCUCACUGAACAGUCUUAGGGUAGUUUUAGGUCUGGGGUUUGAGGAAACAGGGCUGACCAGAGCGGUGCACUGACGGGGCCUUCCAGGAGACUCACUGAUUUGGAAUGGGCACGAUUUUCCUUUAGAUUUUUUUUUUUAUUUCUUUGUAACGGCAUAUAAGCCAGGUGGGAAGUACAGUGGCAGUGCCCGCAGCUGAACUCGUCCAGCGUGCGCCAGGCACAGCUCAGCAGCCCAGGCCCUGCCGGCCGGCCCCCCGCCCCGGGCUGGACGGAGUGUGCCGGCAGGGUGAGGCGGGGGAGCUCCCACCCCACCCCGGAGCUGGCAGCUUUCCUCUGAGUGCCGUGCCAGGUCUGAAACACGAGAGCUUCCAGCCAAGGCAGGGAUUUCAAACGGUCUGUCAGUUUUCCUACACUGAGUAGUCAGUGUUAAGAUCAAUCUGUUAAAUUUGGCUUAUAAAUUCCCUUCUCUUACAACCUUGCUUCGGGAUGGUUGGUGACUGUAGCCCAGUGGCUCCAGGGCAGCCACGCUGGUGUGCCGGGGGCCCUCCCUGGGGUACCUGCACCCAGCGGUGAACGUCCCCCCCUGGAGCCUUCAUCUCGCUGUCAAGCCAUGUUCUGUCCAGCUAAGGUGGAGAGGCAGUGCCAAGAUGCAAUACCCAUAAUUUUAUACAUUUUUUUUUUCAACACUUCAGUAGCUGCAGUGGACAGUUGAGUGGAAAAUCGGGCAGUGAUUCUUCACUGUGUUUUUAACCAGUAACAUACUUUGAUACCAGAACACAGAACAUCUUCCAGCUCUGCGGCCCCCCAACACGGCUGCUUUGGAGUCUGUGGAGAACCAAACGAAGCUUAGCAAGCAGUGUUCUCGGAGAGAGGAGUUUCUUUGUCCCAGGUGGUUUGUGUUGUAACAUUUUUUUUUUCUCUGUGCUGUUAAUAAGAGGAUGUUACUUUCUAAUAAAAAGGCAGGAA